CAGGCCGCCUCCAAGUACAUGAACUGUUUUCUCUCACCUCUGCUGACUGUGGUGGCCAAGAAUGUCGCUUUUUUUGCCGGCUCCCUCCUGGCUGUGCUGAUCGCGUUGACCAUCUACGACGAGGACGUGCUCGCAGUGGAGCACGUUCUGUCGUCGAUCACGCUGCUGGGAGUGUGCAUCACAGUGUGCAGGUCCUUUAUCCCUGAUAAGCACAUGGUGUUUUGUCCCAAGCAGCUCUUGCGAGUCAUCCUGGCUCAUAUUCAUUACAUGCCUGACCACUGGCAGGGCAAUGCACACAGAUAUGAGACAAGGGACCAGUUCUCACAGGUCUUCCAGUACAAAGCCGUAAGUAUGAAAGACAAAUCCGGAUGAAAUCGCAACAUUUAUACCCGGGGUGGGCAA